AUGUUUCAUCAAUUGAGCAUAACUCAGGCUUCCACUGAGUUCCUUUACAACUGUUACGUAUUUUCUCUGCAGAUCAAGGAUAUAGAAGUCCUCAACUGCGAAUAUGGCAAGAACACAAUUAAGUUCCUUCGCCUUCAUAAAGAAGGGAAGAAGCACUUUGUUAAAGAAGUGGAAGUGUGCACGCAUCUCCGGCUGACUUCUGCUCAGGAGUACCUGGAUGGAAACAACUCUCUUGUGAUACCUACAGACACCAUGAAGAACAUUGUCCUUGUGUUGGCCAAGAAAAAUGGGAUCCCAACCAUAGAACAAUUUGCUAUAGAUAUCUGCAAACACUUCAUGACAACAUUUUGCCAAGUGGCGUACGUCAAAACCUACGUUCAAGAAGUACCAUGGCAACGUCUACACGAGAAUGGUGUUCCCCACAUCCACUCAUUCAUAUGUGUUCCUGAUGGGAUCCGCUUCUGUGAAGCUGAGCAGUGCCGAAACGGUCCUCUGGUUGUUUUUGCUGGAAUUAAAGAUCUGAAACUUAUGAAGACAACACAGUCUGGAUUUGAAGGCUUCUACAAGAAUGAACACACCACGCUUCCUGAAAGGAAUGACAGGAUUUUAUGUGGAGAGCUCUUCUGCAAAUGGUCAUAUGGCGAAUGCAAGGAUUUUGACUUUGACUGCAUAUGGAACAAAAUCCGUGAAUGUAUCCUUGAAGCCUUUGCUGGGCCACCCGACUGUGGUGAAUAUUCACCCUCUUACCAGAAAACUGUCAACUGUAUCCAGAUGUGCGUCCUUUCCAAAGUGUCACAGGUACAGGUUAUAGAAACCGUCUUGAACAACACUUUUUAUAAUGUCGUAGACAUGAAGAAUCUAGGCUUGACCAAUGACAAAGAAGUUCUGGUUCCAGUGGAAACUCCCUAUGGCUCCUGCGCUUGCACACUUGGCAGGAAGAAGUUCUUAGAAGCACAAGGCCACAUUAUGAAAGAUGAGAGGCAAAGUCAGUUUGGACUGGCAGCUGCCCAGGGAAACUAAACCUCUUGGCUACACUCACGCCUUCCUGAUAAACUUAACAGCAUGGCUUUCCUGUCAACGUAUACUCCUUAUUGGCCUCUUCCAUUGCUGACUACUUUUCCCUCUAUGAACUCCUGAGGUUAGGAUUUCUGAAGGACCCUCAGGAACUCAGAAAUUGAAGUCUGUCCCUGAAUUUCAGUGUGAUUUUGAGAUUGAAAUCCCCUAUACUCUUUUGAAAAUUCCAUCUGGAAACAUUACAGUAAAUUAAUUUUUAAACCAGCUGUUCACAGAUCUCUUAAUGAAACAAUCAAUUAGAUAAUGUCUGCAACAUGUUUUGACAUGUAAAAUCAGCAACUCUGUAUAUUCUAUUUAUUAAUUUUCCUUCAUUAAAAUGAAUAUACAGGCACAAGACCAGAUCUUUCAUUGACGUAACCUGUGAUGACCACUUGAUGCCACACUGAUCUACAGAGCUGAGGUUCUGACCCAGUACCUGAACAGGGAAUCAGUCAGACACCAAUUUCUUUGUGAAGGAAAUGAAAAAAAAAAAAAAAAAAGUAUCUCUCAUAUCUCCUUUGUGGUGUGAAUAGUUACAGCUGUUGACUAAUUUUUCGGCAUGUAUUCUGACUGCAUGGCUGCUGCUGCUACUCAUCAAACUAUACAGCUACUAUAUAAUUACUUUUAUAUUAACCACUGAGGUGCUUGAGGUUUUGGGCUAUCUCUCUAAGUUUAAUUAAAUAGUUUUCUUUAGUCGAAUAAUCUCAUCAUGACUUCUAAGUAGGCAGGAGUCAACCUAAGUAACCCUGUUACUUUUGGGAGGGGUAGGGAGAAAGCCAGCCAGCCAGCCAAUGCAUGUCUUACUGUAGUUACCCCAGGUGAUAGCUUUGAACAUAGAGGUAAAACUAUACAGCCAACAAUUCUCACUUUGCAGACUGCAGCUACAAAGUUUGCAAACAGAAAUCCUGCUCAGCUUCGGACAGCUUCUAACCGCUGCUCUCAUUUUCUCUGAGUGUCAUUUUCACCAAUUCCAUGUGACAGAGUGCAAAUCCAAUGGGAAGUGCCCAAAGUUACUUCUGAAAACUUCAAUUCAGUUGCCUUUGUGCCUUCUAAAUUUGGCAGACCAGCAGCAUUCCUGUGGGUACAAUCACUAAACUCAUAGGCACUGAAAAUGAGGAACAUGUCCCUGCACCUGUGACAUUUUGAGGUGCUUAGCAAGACAGGAACUUGUCUUGGUGAGCAGGACGUAACAGAUGCGAAGGGAAGACGCUGUUCACAAGUCUGAGAUAUCUCCUGAAAAACCACAGGACAAAUUACAAGAAGUGAAGCUGGCCCAGAUAUGCUGUUCCCUGGUCACUAGCCAAUUCUGAAAGUUUUAUUUAGAACACUUCUAGCUUUUGCCGGGGACAUUCUCUCUUACCUUGUUAGAUUGUGUUGUAUUGUACUUGUGGGCUUAUGUCUUCUUAUUUCUGCUAUUUUUAGGUGCUUGUAAUUUAUUAAUGUAUCUUUUAAGGGCAAAUAAAGAGCAACAUCAAAAAACAAACUAGUAUUUGACUAUUUACCAAAUAAGAAAUGAAACCAUUUACUACUUACAUGUAAAAGAAACAUGUUUUAGUUCAGCCAAUUUUACCUCAAAAAGUCACCGGUCUUGUUCCAAAUGACAGUUCACUGCCAACAGAUGGAAAAAUAGAUGAAAAAGGAUCUUACUGAACGUUUCAGCAUUUACCUCUUUCUAAACAAGGCAGAUCUUAACCUCCUUUCUACCUAUUUAUUGCAUUAGGCGGAAGGCUUCCUUCGUCACUAUUUGUGCUUCAUUUGUGGGCUUGUAUGGUACUAGUGGGCUAACCUUCAUGGCAGAAUGAGGACAGAAGGCAGCAAGCAGUUGUUCAUUUAGACUUUCCUGUGGCAACAAGCACACACAUACCCUCAUGUGAUGUUGUUUCUAUAAACCUCCACAGACAUGCAGACAUUCAGCAAGUCUUUAAAGGCGUCUCGGCACAGCUCCAUCCAGCACCGCAAACCUGAGUCACUUCUGUGGGCAGAUUGCUUCUAAAGAAACGACUUAGGCAAUUAGAAGAAGCCCAAAUUUUCCAUAUGACAAUUAGAUUCAGAUAAUAAUGGCAUAAAUAAUUCUUGAAAAUGGGACCUAGGCAGACUAACUUGGGCCUGAAACCUGACAAAAUUCCCAUUGGCUUCAUUAGAUUCAUUCUCCACAUUGGACUUGCAUUAUUUUAAUCCAGUGAUGUUUUUUUUUCAGUUCCUGUCCUGAGGAGCUAUUCAAGUUGCUUGCUGUGUUUUACUCAGACACAACUGUGAUGCUUUGCUGAUGAAAUCACACUUGACAAACAUGAUCAGCAGCUAGCAGAUUGUAAAAUUGCCAUUUAAAAUAAAUCUUCUUACUGAUAACAUGAACCUUGCUGGGCCUCGAGCCUUCUACCAAGAAACAGGAUAUUUCAAGUGCACAAACAUCAUGCUAUCAUUUUAUUGUCCAAUUCUUUCACAUCCUGUUUCUGUUCAAUUUUGAUAGCUGCCCAGGACAGUCCAACCGCAAUCCUCCUCAGCUGCCGAUCAUGCUCCACGUGCAACCAACGUCACAUGGAUAAAACGCACUAGAUAAAUGCAUUAGCCAAUAUCUAAACUAGAGAUGAAAUGUCACCAUCAGGCUCAGUACGAGUGAUCUGUCUUCACUGGCUGUAUUAUUCUAUAUAUAUUCAGGCUACCUGCUUUCCAAUACACAUUUAAACCUGUCAGUUUUUAUUAACUAUUACAGUUUUUUCUUCUUCUUUAAAGUUGUCUUUUUAUUUUAAUCUUGCUUUUACCAGGAGUACAAAACCCUGAUUUUAAGUUGAACUGAGCUGACUUAAAGUGACCAAAAAAAUCCCUUUCUGCCUAGAAAUCUCAAUAUAAAUACUGUUGAAGUGAAAAUCAUGCUAUUUGUGUACAUACAACAGCCAGCCAUCUUCUUCCCAGAAAGUGCACAGCUGUAUCUAGAAAAGAAACCUAUUAAAUGUCUCCAGUUAUAGGAUCAAAAAUGUCAACUCACAUCUCAGCUAUAAUUAGGCUAUAAACUGUUUUCUGAUUCUGAGAUUGAGCCCUAACACUCAUAGCAGGCUGAGAAAGAAAAAACACACAUGUAUACCAGAGUGCAUGUACACACGCCUGGUCCCAUAAGUAUACAUAUAUAUAUUAAAAAAGAAAUGUAUAAUUGGCACUUACUAGAUCAGCUGUUGUAUGACUGAUCUAUGUCAAUCAAAUAAGAACAACAUGAACUGGGGUUAGUCAUUACAUAGUGUUAUUACAGACUUGCAGACCCUCAGCUGCACUGAGUUGAAGCCUGCCAUGUUCCCUUCAAGGUCCAUCCCAAAUUACACACUAGGACAGCAGUUCACCUCUGCCAGGCUCACAAAAACACAAGUGGUGGAGAGAACCAGGAAACGGGCACAUACCCUACCGCUGCCUACCAGAGAGAGCUGGAGGAGUACUUCAAGGACCUGGGGGGUAGAAGCAAAGGUAAUCAUUCACUUUAGCUGACCACAGCUGACCCGUUAGCUGACCACAUCAGAUCAGGCAUUGCUGCAAGUCAAUGUGUGCCUGUGGGACCAGGCGCUAACGGAUGGAGAUACACAGGAAAGCCAGCUUGGAAUGGGAACAUAAGGUAACAGAGGCAAGAGAGACCAGAAGAUAAGCAGGAAAGAUGGGGGGAAGGGAAGAAGAGGGAGAAAGACAGUGAGAGUAAAACAGAUCAGACAAAUCAACGGAGAGAGAGAACAGAAAAUAAAUAAAUCAGUGAGGAUGAGUAUCUCUCCUAUCAGGCUACUUCAGAGCUGAAAACAAAACCCCAAACCAAACAAUAUUGGAGGGACUCAAAACUAGAAAAAUAAGGGAGUAGAGAAACCUUUGGUGCAGAGGGAAACAUAAGAGCAGAAACCAGAGUGCCCGAGUACUGAAGGGGGCUUCUGCCACCUCUCAAGAGUGGCAUUAGUCAUGAAUUCCCACAUAAACAUCUACAUCCACCUGGAAAAGACAAGAGCUCAAGUUUCAAUGGCCUUGUAUGCCUGCAAUGUUUCCAAAUCUUUUCAAUUACACAUAUUUCCAGAUAAAGAAGCUCAGGCAAACUGGCACGUGGUAUUUACACAGAAGGGAGGAGGGAGUAGAAGAGGAGUACUCUUGUGAAACAGGUUUGCUACACCCAGGCACACACCCACUUCCACUCUUCUUGCUAUGGUUUGGCCACCAGCUGGGAAACAAACUGAGCUACAAGUUCCUUACUCUUUACUUCCUCCUGCUGCAAUCCACCAGUACAAGACAAAGCAAUGUUACUCUUGAAUCAGAGACCGGUGCAAAUGAUGAGCCUUCCCUUCCUUUUUUGACGUGAUUUAGCUGCUACAAAGUUGGGGGCAUCCUCAACAUAGCAAGUACUGCAGAGUGUUUAUAGACGAGCAGCUGGAUUAUAGCAACCAUCUGAAAAGGGGAAAAGAACAUCUUGAGACAAGUGUGAGCCUGACAACACCAAGACAUUUGCUGUUGCCUUAUCAGCAGAUCAGCUGAUGACACAGCAGUUACAAUUGCUGACUCUUCCUUUAACAAAGAUGCUCACGAGUGCAGCAUAUAAAUAAAACAGUGGUCUCCAGUACUCACCAGCAGCCUUCAGCAGCAAUGAAACUCUCACAUGGAGACCAAGGGCCACUUACAGUCUUCAUGGUGCUCCCCUUGGGCUCUCCAGGUGUUUGAGGUUAUAGUUGCAUUCCCCAAAUUUAUACCAUCUGCCAGCUACUGUUAUUCUGGGAGUUAGUUGAAUACACAUCUGGGAUCCAAAGGAACAUCACUAAAUCAAACAAUUCCCCAAUUCUAUGGGCUAAGCAAAAAAUAAUUUCAUGACCUUGUUACAUUAUAUUAAAAAGAACACAGCCUUUCCCAACAGGAAUGAAAGCUACUUAUUAAAUCAGUCUGCCCAUUAUUCCAAUGGAUGCUGCCCUUGCAGGCUGCCAAUGGGCUAAUGACAGCCACUGCCCUCUGCACGUCCCCUGGGGAAGCUGCUGUCAAAACUGAGCAAUGCGGAGGUGGAGGUGUAUGGAAGCCUUUGGUGUGAUGGAACAAGACAUGGCUGGGCUCUCCUGGCUGACAUCCCCAAACACCAAGUCCUCUCAUUCUGUUCGAUGAAGCAGAAGGCAAUCCAUUGCCUGUGUAUAUUGUCCCUGAGGUGAAGGCGAGACGGUACAGCAGACCCUUCUCUAUAUCACUGCAUUCAUCCUGCUGCCUACUGAGCCAGUGAUGGUUACAUGGUUCACACGCACAUUUACUGUCAAUUAAUUUCACACAUGACUUUUGGGACAAAACCCAUUCCUGGAAGGGAAGGAACUGCUGUUCUGACUUGGAAGUAAAGAACCAGAAUAGAGAAAAAGUGAGAUAAUGUUUUUCUGGUCUUGCUCAGACUCAGCCAUCAAAUUUUAGACAAUAUUGUCAUUAAAAAAUGAGAAAUAAACUUAUAGCUUCUCAC